CUCUCUCCCUGUCUGUCUGUCUGUCGGGGGGCGUGUCUGAGCGCGCGGACGGGCAGCGGCGGGUUCUGCUCGUUAAAAUGGCCGAAAAAUAAAAGUAAAAGUUAAAAAUACGGAACCAGAACCGGGUCGGGCUCGCUGUCCGGGUCCGGGUCGCACUGAGGCGGAUUCUAGUGGAUUCUACUGAGAGUGAAACUUUCCAAUGAACUGCAGGGUCCUCCACAUCCUGAGCCCUCGCCCCGGGGGUUCGUCUCCCAUCAUGCCCGUGGACAUGGCCAUGAGGAUCUGCCUGGCCAGCUCUCCUCCUCUGCGCUCCUUCCUCAGUAACUAUGACAACCGCUGUUCUUCAUCGGCAGCCGCUCUGUUGAAACACUGUGAACCGCUGCGACCCUGUCUGUCCUCCUUCAGUAGCAACAUCGCCACGGCAACCACGACCUCGGCGAGCACGGAGCUCGGUGGCGGCGCCCCGGGGUGGCUGAGAAGAAAGAAGAAGAAGAAGAGCGUGGUGUUUGCAGACUCUCGGGGCCUCGCACUCACCGCCAUCCACGUCUUUGACGAGACCGAGGACCCGCUGGCCGAGCUGCAGUUCCACCUGACGGAGAUAGAGGUCGCCACAGUAGGACUGCACCUGGGAGACAGCGAAGAAGCUCCAGAUUGGGGUCCAGGCCUGGUUUUGGACUUCAUCCAGCCGGGUUCAGACUAUCUGGACCUGAGGAACCGGCUCAAAGCCCAGCAGGUUUGUCUAGAAACCUGUUCUCUCCAGGAGCGUCUGCUUUCAGGCACUGUUCAGGUCCGAAACCUCUCCUUUGAAAAGUCAGUUUCAGUCCGGAUCACCUUUGACUCGUGGCACUCUUUCCAGGAUGUUCCAUGUCUGUUCCUGAACAACAUCUACGGGCGCCCUGACACCGACACUUUCUCCUUCUCUAUCUUGGUACCGGAGGUCCUCGGGCCCUCCAACACAGUGGAGUUCUGUAUUCAGUACCAGACUCAGGACCACACCUUCUGGGACAACAACCAUGGGAACAACUACCGGCUGGCUGUCAUGGACGGCAGCACUGAGAGUACCGUCGGGAUGGAGAGAGACCGCGGUGGAGAGAAGAAGGAGGAGAUGGAGUUUGAUCCCUUUGGAAGUCCCAGGACGUCAUCAGGGAUCUUCCCUGAGUGGCAGAGCUGGGGUAGUGUUGAGACCAGCGCCCCCUACUGGUGAAACCACCACGGGACAUGUUUUUGUUAUGUUGCACUUACCCUGUGAUUUUGUUCCCAAGAUGUAAGAGAUUCACAGGACCCUCACAGGAGCACUGAAAGCCACAUUAUAUCCUCUGGAGACACAUUGGUAGAAUACACUACUCACUUGAAUCACUUUAGCUGCCCUAUUAUGAGUUAUUUAGAGUAUUUGUGAAAGUGUUAACGUCUGGAUGGAGUCUGGACGGAGUAUGGAAGGACUCAGGAUAACAGCCAGUUCAACGUCAGGUGGUAAAAAUGUCUCGGCCCAACACUCGUGAUGAAUGAAUCGGCCCAAGUGGUUGCAGGGACCGACCCUGGGCCCGAACUGGCCUGGUUCUCUGCUCACAUCUUGUAAGAUUUGAACCCCAACAAACAAAUCCCACUAUCCUACAAGAGUCAGACCUGACUCACAUCUGGUCCUCCUGUGCCGGAACACAUCUGGGUGUGCCGACACCUGGCCGCGAUUGGCCCGACUCAGCUGGAUACUGUGGAUGACCUCAUGGGAAAUCUUCAAAAAAUUACAAAGGGAUUUAUAGUUGCUUUUUAAAAGCAUCCCAACACUUCAAGAAUUUGCAAGAUACACAUUUUUAAAUGAGUCCCUCCAGGAAGUUGCAACAAUUAACGCAAAUUCAACAAAUCCUUGUGAAUUCUGUGUGCAGUUUUGUCCAAUCACCACAACGUUUCUGCAAGACCAAUCAUUCUAGUUUCUUGUGCACAACAUUGAUAACGGCCACAACUUCCAUCUUUAGCAUGUAGCAUUAGCAUGUAGGUUGACUGUUUUAGCAAUUUUCACUUUCUCUCGCAUGCAGAAUCCUGGAGGGUCUGUUAAAUAAGCAAGUAUGACAAUGAGUAUUCAGGAGUCAUGAGGGCUUUUUAAAAGCAUGCAAAGGAUUCUGUGACUCACAAGGAUCCACAAGGUGACCUGUAAGGCUUUAGAAGUCUCACACGGAUUACAAGUGUUUUCUUUCCCAAAGAUCCAUUGGGGGGGGAAUAUGGUUCAAGGCCUUAGACAUUAAAAACAUCCACAAGGCUUCAUUCAUAAAAAGCUUUUCACAGGAGUUAGGUGGUUUAAGGAUCCAAACAAUGAAUUGAACAACGCAAGACUUCAUAUUGUCCUGUCGAGUGACCAAGCGUUGUUUUUUACAGCUGAACAGCAUGAGGAUGGUUGACUGAAGGAGGAUUUAUACACAUUCAGGUCCAGGGAUGUCAAAUGUACCUCAGGUCUUUGGGAUUUAUUUUCCUGCAGGUUUCUCUUCAUUUCCUGCAUUCCAGACCUCCUUCAUUAACAAGUCCAGACCUCCUUCAUUUUCCACCAUGACAGCUGAUCAUCAGGGCGUCCAAGUCCUGAAACAGCAGCCAGAGAAUACCAGCAGCAUGGCUUUAAGCCCUAAAAUACCAGCCGGAAACACUGUGUUAAACAGAUUCACGAUGCCUGAAACCAGUCCAACAUUUAGGGUUUGACGAGACAAAUUCCAGUUUUAUAAAUCUGUGCUGUGGACUAAAAAAUGAAAACUUUUCUUCAGACUCUGGGUGAAGGUUUUGACACAGUAUUGAAUGCUGCUUCUGUGUUUAACCUCAAUACUUUCAGGCAAAGUUCAUCUUUGAUUCAGUUCAAGGAUCUUUAACAUCCAGACCCUAACCCAAAAACCUAUCCUGACCCAGUCUGGGUCCUGAGUAGAGAUGUUCCGAUGCCAAUUUUAUCUUACCGAUACCUGAACUUUGCGUAUUGGCCGAUACCAAAUACAGAUCCAAUACAAUUGUGUUCAAAUAUAUAUAAAAGCCUCUAUGAUUGCUUUUAUUGUCAUGGCCUGGCUCCCUGAGACUGACUCUGACUCGACUGUCCCUUAGAGGGGUUAUGACUCAGACUUGUCUCUGCCUUUGAGUUGGGUGCAUCAUGACUUCACAAUCCUAGGAAAAAAGGUCCCAUUUCGGGGCUAAUAAAGUACGAGGUAUCGGAUCGGUGCACAGACACACAUACCGCAUUUUAGGCGGUAUUUCCGCUAGUGGUAUCAGUACCAGAACAGCCAAUUCUCUAACGGGGCUGAAUACAAAUGUCUGCACCCACAGACUUUGCAGAGUCCUCGAGUUGGCUCUGUGGGGACUCGAGGGAUUAUAGGGUCGAGAUCUGAGGUUAAGUGACAUCCAAGGCCAUGAUUGAUAUCUGAGGUUUGUCUCAGAGUGUAUUUUUUUAAAGAGCCUGCACUUUAGUUGAUAUUGUCCUUUGAGCUCUAGCAUCUGCUGUUAGUGGGAAACCAACCGAUGUUUUAGCUUUGAAAGGUUGUGUAAAAUACUGUAAUCAUAAUUGAUGGUGUUACAGGGCAAUAAUAACAACAUUUAGAGGGAAGACUUCUGGUUUUAAUUUCAUCACGACCAAACCACAGGCUGAAAACCUACCAUACAUUCAUCUUUACACCUAUGCAAAAAAUUUGAUUCCGACUCUGUCUCGCGGAAGUUCAGACUCAGUCAUCGUCUGUCUUGUGGGUGUUUUGACUCUUUUCUGGAUCUAUUGGGAGUCAAGUUUAACUGUCUUGUCUCUGUCUCGUAGGACUCAGACUUGCUUCGGUCCUGUGGAUGACUUGACUCUGAUUGAUCUGUUUGACUAGGACUUCACUUGUGGCAGUUUUGACUCUAUUCUUUCUGGGACUUGGACUCGAGUCUUGGGAAUUUUGACUUGACUCUGUCUCUUAAAGGGGUUAUGAACCUGAAUUGUUUCUGGGACUUGAUUUGGACUCGACUCUUCGGGAACGUUGCCUUGGAGUUGUGGGAGUUUUCUUAGAGGGGUCCUGACUCAGACUUGUCUUGGCCUCUUAGAGGAGUUUUGACUUGUAUUUCUUUUUAAUUGGAUGUCUUUUUGUCGGAGUUUUGACUCAGACUGGUUUAGAACUUUCUCUCUCUUAGACUCUGACUCUUGAUUCAGACCCUGUCCCAUUUGGACUUACUGACUUACUUGCACUAACUGUGUCAGACCUCCUUCAGUUUAACGAUGUGAAACAAUGACAUUUAAAAAUAAUCAUCCUCAAUCUAAUCUCUAAAGAAGACUGAUUUUAAUGUUACAUGUACUGAAAGGUCUGGAGGAUCCCAGACCCUCAGGAUCCCCAGCGGUUUACCUUGUGCUAAACGGUUCAUUAUAGUUAACUACUAUAUGCACCAAUAAAGCACAUUAUGAACUGUGUUAUUCCCUAAA